UUGCGCCCAACUAAGAGCUGGGGGAGUGGCUGGAAGACCUCUCCAUGAGGCUGGAGGUGGGUUGAAGCACCAGCUGGAGGGCCUCUGGGAUUCCCCCCAGGAAGGCUCGCUGGAAGGCUCGCUGGGAUACCUCCACCUCCCCAAGGGGAGGCCUGGGUGUCCCCUGCCGCUGCUGCUGGCAGGCCUGCGGGUCCCUGUGCCCCGGGCUCCGCCCAUCCGGCUCCCUCUCGGGCUCCAGCGUGUCACAGUGUGGACCAGGCCUCGGUCGUGGGGACCCAGCUGCUGCCCGCAAAAUGCCAGGAAAGGCGUGGAGCUGUGGGGCCUGCCUGCCUGAGCCAGGGAAGAAGUUAGGGAGUAGGGGCCCGCCCUGGGCUCCCGGCCAGGCCCCGGCUGCCCUGCCUCUGUGCCGCAGGCCUGUCAGGUCUCCACCAGCUUCCGCUCCAGUGGAGCCGCUCAGGAGGGAGGGUCGAGGCUCUGUGGGACACGGGGGCCAAGGCCUCGGCCUCCUGUCCAGGCGGUGGGCAGCUCCAGGAGCCGGCAAGGGCGCGGGGGAAUGCUGACUGUCCAGGGGACGGCCCAGGGCUCUCCCGCCUGCCCAGGUAUUUGGCAGGACCAGCUCUUCCGGCUCCCCCAGCCCAGGCUGGGCAGUGGCCACUGUGUUGCUGGGUGAGGAUGACAGUGAGGAUUUGGGGCAAAGGCCCGGUCAGGCCUCCUGGGAGAGGGGGGCUUGGAGAGAGAUACACACCCCUGCCAGCACGCACACAGCAGAACACACCCAGGCCCAAGGCCCCCUCAGGUCUCCACUUCUGAGCUUUGCACUCUGGCACCAGGACCCAGACCCUCCCCCAGUGACCCAUCCAGUGACAUGAGGCACCGGGCAGCUCCUCUUCCUCUGGCCCACCCCCAGGGUGCUCUGAGUUCAGAGGGGGCGACCGCUGUCCGACCAUCCCCUUCCCGGAGGUCCGGUUGGGUGGGAACACAGAGGGGACAGUCUAGCCCCCGGCUCCUGGCCCAGCGUGCACUUGACUGCCUUUCAGGGCUGAGUCAGGCAAGGUCUCGGCUCAGGGCUGGGCCCAGACCCUCAGAGCUGUGCACACUUGCCAGGAUUCCAUGCCCAGCAGGGUUGGAGGUCAGGUCAAGGAUUCUCCUCCCUGCCACCAGCCCUGUGCCCCUCCCCCGGCAGAUCAUCUGUCCCCCAGGGACCUCGCUUGGCCCUUUCCUAGGGCCCAGUGGGCAGAACCGGACCCCAGACACUCAGGCUGCAGGCAGCCUGGGCAGGAGGGCCCCCCUAAAGCUCCUGGCAGGUACCACACCUGGAAACACCUCUGUAUGACUCCCCACUCCCUCCCCACACACACACAUACACGCGUGCAUGCGCACGCGCACGCCACCACACCUGUCCCUGGUCCCGCCUGCCUGGGGCCUGCUUCUAGGUCAGGCCUGGGCACGACUUCCUGGGAGGACCAACAACAGGUGCUACAAGCUCGGUGUGUGCCUCGGCCAUGGCUAGGGGCGUGUGGGGCCCAGCCCGUGGGGCCCCCGUGGGGGCCCUGACCCUGACAGCCCUGGCUGAAGGGAUCCGGGCCAGCCGGGGGCAGCCCUGGGGACCCCCUGCCCCAGGCCCUCAGCCCCAGCCUGAGCCUGCACCUGCAGCAGGGGAGCCUGGGAGGGCAGCCACCGCCCCCACGGCUGGUGGUGAGCCCCUCUCCCCGCCCCCUCCCCAGGAACCAGCCCCAGGGGCGCCCCAGCAGACACCCUGGAGCUCCUGGGAGGAGGGGGCCCUCGCAGACCUGGCCGUGUACACCGCCGCCUGCCUGGAAGAGGCUGGCUUUGUGGGAACCCAGGCGACAGCGCUCACCCUGUCCUCAACCCUGGAGGCUCGGGGGCACAGGCUGGAGGACCAGGUGCAUGGGCUUGUGCGGGGGCUGCUGGCACAGGUGCCCCACCUGGCGGAGGGGCGGCCCCGGCGGGCGGCCCUGCGGGUGCUGAGCGCGCUGGCUUUGGAGCACUCCCGGGAUGUGGUGUCCGCGCUGCUGCGCUGCUCACCGGCCCCAAACCGGGCGGCCACCGAGCUCUGGCGCAGCCUGAGCCGGAACCAGCGUGUGAAUGGACAGGUGCUGGUGCAGUUGCUGUGGGCGCUAAAGGGCUCAGCCGGAUCCCAGCUGGAGGCGCUGGCGGCCACUCGCGCCCUUGGGGAGAUGCUGGCUGUGUCCGGCUGUGUGGGUGCCACCCGAGGCUUCUACCCGCACCUUCUCCUGGUGCUGGUCACUCAGCUCCACAAGCUGGCCUGGGAUGCACACCCCCCCGACACACCCAAGGUUUGGGCCCCAUCUCAUCGAGGGCCACCGCACAGUCACGCCAGCUGCACUGUGGAGGCCUUGAAGGCCCUGCUCACUGGGGAUGGAGGCCGCAUGGUGGUAACGUGCAUGGAGCAGGCUGGAGGCUGGAGGAGACUGGUGGGAGCCCGCACCCACCUGGAGGGUGUCCUGCUGCUGGCCAGUGCCCUGGUGGCCCACGCUGACCACCACCUGCGAGGCCUGUUUGGGGACCUGCUGCCGCGGCUGCGCAGCACAGACGAUGCACAGCGCCUGACGGCCAUGGCCUUCUUCACUGGGCUGUUGCAGAGCCGGCCCACCGCGCGGCUCCUGCGGGAGGAGGUGAUCCUGGAAUGGCUCCGCGCCUGGCAGGGUGACCCUGAGCCCACCGUGCGCUGGCUGGGCCUGCUGGGCCUCGGCCACCUGGCGCUGAACUGCAGGAAGGUGCGCCACGCGACCACGCUGCUGCCCGCGCUUCUGGGCGCGCUGAGCGAGGGUGACCCGCGGCUCGUGGACGCCGCGCUGGGGGCGCUGCAGAGGGUCCUGCUGCGGUCGCGGGCGCCGGUGCGGCUCCUGAGCGUGGAGUUGCGGCCCCGCCUCCCGCCACUCCUGGACGACGCCCGGGACUCGGUCCGCGCCUCCGCAGUCGGGCUGCUCGGGACGCUGGUGCGGCGCGGCCGGGGCGGACUCCGGGUGGGGCUCCGCCGCCCCCUGCGGAAGCUGGUGCUGCAGAGUCUCGUUCCGCUGCUGUUGCGUCAGCACGACCCCAGCCCGGACACCGCUGAGAGUGCAGAAUGGACGCUGGCCUGCUGUGACCAGGCCCUGCCCUGGGGCCUGCUGGAGGAGGUGGGCACGGAGGCCCACUACCACAGCCCUGAGGCCCUAAGCCGCAUCUGCCACCGCCUGGUCAGUUGGGGGGUCGGUGAGAAUGACGGGGUGCGGUCAGCUGCCCACUUGGUCCAGUAUACACCACGGCCACUCCCCCCCAGACUGAGACUCCUCACCUUUCCGGUCAAGGUGGUGGCUCGUCAAGGCCUCAGAGGCCCUUGGGCCCUGGCCUCACCUCUGAGGCCUCCGCUCCAUGCAGAGCUGGCCCUCCCGUCCCAGGAGCCCUUCUGUCCCCAGGUCCGGUGGUACCCGAGUCACGUGCCCAGCUUCCUGAGUCAGACCCAGGGCUACCUGCGGAGCCCUCAGAGCCCCCUGCGCUUGGCAGCCACCCUACUCACAGGCUUCCUGGUCCAUCACUCCAGCCCCAGCCACGUCAGCCAGGACCUGCUGGACUCUCUGUUCCAGGACUUGGGGAGGCUGCAGAGCGACCCUGAGCCUGCUGUGGCGGCGGCAGCACGCGUGUCUGGCCAGCAGGUGGCGCUGCUGGCCCGCGUGCAGCCCCAGCCCUGCGGCUGGCGCCUCCUCCGCCCCGGCCGGCCCAGCUGCCUGCCGGCUCGGCCCCCGCCCGUCUACUCCGACAGCCGGUUUCAGCACUGCAGCCUCCCCGGCCGCUGGGGCUGCUCAGGUCCAGGCUGAGCUGACCGGCUGGCCCUCCGAUGGGGGCCAGGGUGCUGACUCAGGCUCCCUGCUCUGUGGCCUGUCUUGCCGGGGGGCAGAUCUGCAGAAGAGGUCCGCCUUGAGGGGCACCUUGGGCAUGGUGCUGGGCACCAGAGCCCGUCCCCGACCCCGUCGGGGCUCUGCAUAGUCUGCUGCACACAAUGACCCCCAACCCCGACAGCCCUGUGACUAGAUGGACCACGAGUUUCUGACGCAGCACCUUCACCCUCAGCUUCUCGCCUCAUCCAUCCCUCCGUCCGUCUGUCCCCCAACAGGCCUGUUCCUCUCCCAACCCCCCGGUGUGUACCCUGCCUGGAUGGCGCCUGGCCUUCUGGGCCCAGGACAGGUGGGGACACAGAAGUGGGUGCCGCCCCGGAAGCCAGCCCCGUGAAAGGCUGCCUCUGCCUGGCCCUCCCGGCCGCUCGUCAGCCCCCUUGAUGUGCUCCACUCCUUGCUGGCCACAUGCUGGCUGGGAGGUUUUGAGGUUUCCGGCCACACCCUCCCUGCUCAAGAAGCAUCCGUCUGUCCGCCUGUCCACACCCACUGCCCAGUAGCCUGGCCCUGUUCCUGCCCCUCCCCUCUAGCUCACCAUCUCAGACACCCCCGGGUCUUCUCUGGAGGCUGCCCCUGACCUCCCACUGGACACCACAGGUCUGAGAUGAUACCUGCGGGCUCAGGUGUGGAGUGCCAGCAUCUGCCCCUCACCAGGCUGAACUGUCACACCCGCAUCCCAGCACCUGCUCAGGGCCGGGUGAUGGAAGAAGUCCCUCAGGACUGCUCUGAAGCAGUGACCCAGGCUCUCCAGACCCGGGACAAGUGGCUUCUGCCACCUGGAAUGCCCACCUUGAGGUGUCCUCUUGCCCUUUCAGGGCCCCCAAAGCUGCCUCCUCAGAGAAGGAGGCCUCCACUCACACAGCCUCUUGGAGGCUGGGGUCCUGCCCAUCCCAAUGGAAAGCAUUUAAAAUAAAGAUACAGCG